AUGCUGCGGCAGUCGGUGGCCAUGGUGAGCACCCAGUUUGGAAUUCCCUUGAUUGAAACACACUGGAACACGGAGCGCUCUAACCCUCGGAUUUCGAUUAAUGUCCACCCCGACCACGAUGCCUUUGGACAGGCUCUCUUUGAGUAUCUAUCGGACUACGAGAAGUGGCGACGAAUGGUGAUCGUUCUGGAAAAUUACGAAAUAACACCGGCCUACUUUAAAGAAAACUGUUAA